GUUCGCCCUAAUCAUAGGUGGUUGUUAUCAUUAUGUCAAAUUGAAACUGUUCAACAACAUAUUGUGUUUGUGUUCUGUUCCUCCACGUUCCACACACUCUCUCUCUCUAACACCAUUCAUUAAUUUCCCACAAUGUCUCUAACCAUCAAGUUACAAUCUUUUCCUCACCUUAACAACAUCAACCACAACAACCAUGCAAAAAACAUAAUAAAAAACAAAACUUUUUCAAACCAAAACAACACUAAGAUUCUUCUACACAAACCCAUUUUUGGUUACAAUCCAUUGAUCAUUACAAAGUGUACUAAACUCAAUAAAAGAAUGCAAGGAAGUUUCAUGAUCAAGAGUUCUUUGAUUGAGCCAGAUGGAGGUGUAUUGGUUGAUCUUGUUGUUCCUGAGAAUCAAAGAGAUUCUAAAAUACUUGAAGCUAAGUCACUUCCAUUUGUGAAACUAACAAGGGUUGAUUUUGAAUGGGUUCAUGUGAUUUGUGAAGGUUGGGCUAGUCCUUUGAAAGGGUUCAUGAGGGAAAAUGAGUAUCUUCAAAGUUUGCAUUUUAAUUCAAUUAGGUUGGAAGAUGGUUCUUUUGUGAAUAUGUCACUUCCUAUUGUUUUGUCUAUUGAUGAUGAGACUAAGGGGAAAAUUGGGUCUUCUUCUAAUGUUGGGUUGAUUGGACCUGAUGGAGAUUGUGUUGGUAUUCUUAGAAGCAUUGAAAUCUUCAAGCAUAACAAAGAAGAAAGAAUAGCUAGAACUUGGGGAACAACUGCUCCGGGAUUGCCUUAUGUUGAGGAGGUCAUUGCUCCGGCCGGAAAUUGGCUUAUUGGAGGAGAUUUGGAAGUGCUAAAACCUAUCAAAUAUAAUGAUGGUCUUGAUAACUAUAGGUUAUCUCCAAAACAACUUCGUGAAGAAUUCGAUAGGCGUAAAGCUGAUGCAGUUUUUGCCUUUCAGUUGAGAAAUCCUGUUCACAAUGGUCAUGCCUUGUUAAUGAAUGAUACUCGUCAGCGCCUAUUAGACAUGGGUUAUAAAAAUCCGAUUUUAUUGCUUCAUCCUCUUGGAGGUUUCACAAAGGUCGACGAUGUGCCGUUAGAUGUCAGGAUGGAGCAACAUAGCAAGGUCCUAGAAGAUGGAGUUCUUGAUCCCGAGACUACCAUAGUGGCCAUAUUUCCAUCACCUAUGCAUUAUGCAGGUCCAACUGAAGUACAAUGGCAUGCAAAGGCACGGAUAAAUGCAGGUGCUAACUUCUAUAUUGUUGGCCGCGAUCCCGCUGGUAUGGGUCACCCAACUGAGAAAAGGGAUUUGUAUGACCCUGAUCAUGGGAAAAAGGUCCUUAGCAUGGCUCCAGGUCUUGAGAAGCUUAACAUUUUGCCAUUCAGGGUUGCAGCUUAUGAUACUAGGGACAACAAGAUGGCAUUUUUCGACCCUAGCCGUUCUAAAGAUUUCCUCUUUAUAUCUGGAACCAAGAUGAGGUCUUAUGCAAAAAGUGGUGAGAAUCCACCAGAUGGAUUUAUGUGUCCAAGUGGAUGGAAAGUUCUUGUAAACUAUUAUGAAAGUGUGCAAACAGAAGAAGCAUCACAACAGCCUGUGUUAUCUCCUUAGACAUAACCAUCUUCUUCUAGAAGUUUUUUUGCAUCAACUAAUUGAUUCUAGAGCAAGAGUUUUAAGAGUAAAGUUAAUUAAGGGAGUACCAAUUUUUAUGCAUGGUCUUCCAGCAUCAAUGAUCAAGAAUUUUGUAACAUAUUGAAAAUUAUGUUUCUUUUGCUAAUGAAUUUACUAUGAUUAAAGAGUUUGUUGUGUUGUAUUAAGCUUAUUAUUGUUGAUGAAAUCAUGUAGCUACUAUGAGUCUCUUUGAACUAUCAAUUAAAUAAAAGGAGAAGAGAAAUUUAGCAUA